UCUGGUUAAUUCGACAAGAUUUCACGUCCGUCUGAAACAUUUUGAGAUCAGCGGUCCAAAAACAUAAGACCCUGGACGAGUCCAUGUCAGUGUCACUGUGUCAGCCCAGCGCCCACCCCUGCAUAUAUCAUAUGCAAAACGUCUAGCUUGACCACGUUGACUGGAAAGGGAUUGACUACAGAAGACAAAAUGACUGGAAAGAGAAGAGUUUUUGUGGCUGGAGUCGGUAUGACUAAGUUUGAGAAGCCAGGCCGACGAGCAGACUUUGACUACCCAGAAAUGGCUAAGGAGGCUGGCACCAAGGCUUUACAUGAUGCUGGUAUCAAGUACAGUGAUGUGGAACAAGGUGUGGUAGGCUAUGUGUAUGGAGACACUACAUGUGGUCAGCGUGCUAUGUACCAACUUGGCAUGACUGGUAUUCCUAUAUACAACGUGAACAAUGCGUGUGCCACUGGUUCUUCUGCCUUGUAUUUGGCCAAGCAGCUGGUUGAAGGAGGCUUGGCUGAUUGUGUCAUGGCAUUGGGAUUUGAAAAGAUGCAGCAAGGCUCACUGAAAGCACAGUUUGAGGACCGUACCAACCCAAUCGACAAACAUGUUGAGGUCCUUAUGAACACUCAUGGCCUGCAGCCUGGCCCGAUCACAGCUCAGAUGUUUAGCCAAGCUGGUAAAGAACACAUGAGCAAAUACGGAACAACAGCAGAGCACAUGGCAAAGAUUGCCUACAAGAACCACAAACAUUCCACCAACAAUCCCUAUUCACAGUUUCAAACAGAAUUCUCCUUAGAUGAAAUCAAGAAGUCACCAGUGGUGUCUCAACCUCUCACCAAACUGCAAUGUUGCCCCACAUCAGAUGGUAGUGCAGCAGCUAUUUUGUGUAGUGAGGACUUUGUGAGGAAUCAUAACUUAGAGGGACAAGCAGUGGAGAUAAUUGGUAUGGAGAUGGCUACAGAUCUGCCCAGCACAUUUGAGGAAAACAGCAUCAUGAAAAUGGUUGGAUAUGACAUGACAAAGAAAGCAGCAGAUGAGGUCUUUAAAAAGGCAGGAAUUCACCCCACCGAUGUUCAUGUUGUGGAGCUGCAUGAUUGCUUUGCUGCUAAUGAGUUGAUUACAUAUGAGGCACUUGGCCUGUGUCCACCAGGUAAGGCUGGUGAGCUAAUUGAUCGAGGAGAUAACACCUAUGGAGGGAAGUACGUUAUUAAUCCUAGCGGUGGUCUCAUCUCCAAGGGCCACCCAUUGGGUGCAACAGGAUUAGCCCAGUGUUCUGAGCUUUGUUGGCAGUUGCGUGGAGAAGCUGAUAGAAGGCAGGUGCCUGGAGCCAAGCUCGCAUUACAACAUAACUUAGGAUUAGGAGGUGCUGUCAUAGUCACACUCUACAAAAUGGGCUUCCCUGAUCACUCCAAGGCCCGAAUCCAGCCCAGCCUGACAGCAGCCGAGACAUUCAAGUGCGAGCCUAUGUUCAAUCUCAUUGCAGAACACUUCAAAGAGAGUGGUGGCGAUCUUGUGAAGAAGACUAAAGCCAAGUUUGGGUUCAAAGUUACGGGUGGACCUGGAGGAAAAACUGGAUUCUGGGUGGUUGAUCUUAAGAGUGGAACAGGCAGCGUGAAGCGAGAUGUACAGGAAAAAGUUGAUGUGACUUUCACCAUGAAAGAUUCUGACUUGGUUGAAAUGAUGAUGGGAAAACUCCAGCCACAGUCGGCAUUUCUCAGAGGUAAACUCAAGAUUACUGGUAACAUGUCCCUUGCCUUCAAGUUGCAAGGAAUCAUCCCUAAGGAUAUAGCUGUCAAGGCCAAACUUUGAGAGAAGGCAGUGGGACAACCUUGACAAAUCAGGAAUAGUUCAGAAAUGCUCAAAUGGAACAAAAAGAAAAAAAUAACAUGAGAGCUUGUGUAAAUUGUUGCUUUUGUUCCCUACCCAAACUUCUUGAUGUACGUAGAUCACUUUAUUAUAAAGUGUGGUUGUGUAUUGAUAUUGACUCCCAUUGAUUCCUAUUGUCUAAGCUACAUGGAGGGUUUGCGGUCCCUCACAUGGUCCUACACGGUGUCCACAGGUAUUCAGUGAAAUAAUUGCACUUCACAGGAGAAGCCAGUGGCAUUCCCAUUUUAAAAAGUGCCCUUAUAAAGAUGAUUAAAGUUGGCAACAAUCUUAUCACUACUUUGAUGAAAAGGAGAACAUUAAUCCUGCUGUAUGUUACUAUGCAGAAGUUUUUUAAAGACUUUUUUGUGAACUUCCGUAGCCAUUUAUAUGCCCCAUUCUUAAUUUUCAAUUCAAAUUUCGAAUUUUUAACUUAGAUUUGACAGAAAUUGUACUAUUGACAAACAGGAUGUGAAGUCUGUUAAACACUUUUGGCGUAAUAUAUAGAAGUAGGUGGACAGGUCUAUAUUUGAAGUGAGAAGUUAACUGGCCACAAAGGUGAUCUUCAUUGAUGCGAUAAAAUCUCCAGUUUGUUUUUACAUUGAACUUGUUUUUAUAUUAGCGCCAUAGUUGAAGACCAUGAUAGGAAAAUGGGGUUUUUGUGACUUCUACUUCUCAUCGGUAUAUCCAUGUUCCAAUCAUAUGUUCCAUCAUAGAUGCAUAAAAUCAAAGCAGUCUUUGGCUUACUCUGGCAAUCUCCAGUUUCUCAUGUUUUUAUUUUAAGAAAUCUAUAUCUCUGUCUGCUCAUUACCAGUAAGUUUAAUUGAUCGUGUCGACUGCAGAUACAUGCAAGUUUAAAGGCUUAGUUAUUUGUGUGUGAAUUCUGCGCAAAUAUAAGUUAAUUAAUGGUGAAAUUGCAUACAGUGCAUGGAUUCUGUUUAUGUGAAUAUCAUAUGAUAUGGGGAAAACAUUUCCUUUCCGAAAAUUUCUGCACAGAUGUUUAUACAUGUAUUGUAGCAGGUUUGUUAAUAAAUGUAAACUGAGUAUAGUAUUUGUAACAUGCAAUGUUACUGUAAAGGGUUUGAGGUGAUGAAGUUUUCUUAGACGCUCAUUGUGCAACUUUAGAUUCUCCAAUUUAUGAAAUAAUUAAGUAUUCUUUUAGGUCGUAAUGAAUUGAAAAGUGCGCUUUUUACACAUUUACAGUUGUCCAUGUCUUUCUUGACAAGACGUUGUUGCCGUGAUGUAUAUCAGGCUGGUGAGGACACAGUUCAAUCUAAUUACUUACCGCUGACAUUGUACCCACUACAAGGCAAUGCAAGCACUGCACCCUUAUCCUGGGAUAAGUGUGCCAAGGCCUCAGAUUUGACACACCUCAAGUUGCCAUGAAAACAGAUCGGUUAGAUUAUCGGGGUUUUGAAGAUGUGCUGUCUGAAUCCUGGUAAAAAUUUUACUUGAAAAACAGUGGAAUCGGGUGUAAAUGUUUCUGUAACGGCUUUUGAGAUGCAGAAAGUAGAUUGUGAAUCAUCCAGAAAAAGGAUGUUUAAAGCCGAAUUUUUGUCAACCAGAAAUAAAGAAAUCUGUCAAACGGCUUGAAACGAC